CGACAGACCAAAGCAGCUCCUCAUGACGAACAAUUGAUGAUGCUAACUAAAAAACUUAUCGAAAUUCGAACAAUUCUUAUGUCAAUUGAUCACAAUGAAACAUUGAAGCUUCCGAGUAUUGUGGUUAUUGGGUCACAAAGUUCAGGCAAAAGUUCAGUUCUGGAAGCAAUUGUAGGCCAUGAGUUUUUACCAAAGGGUACGAACAUGGUGACUCGACGUCCGAUAGAAUUGACCUUAAUUCAUACUCCAAAUCAAGAGGAAGAAUACGGCGAAUUUCCUCAGCUUGGACUGGGAAAGAUGCACGACUUUAAAAAAAUACAAAAAACGUUGGUUGACAUGAACAUGGCUGUACCUGACUCGGAGUGCGUAUCGGACAAGCCGAUUGAGCUCCGGGUAUAUUCUCCCAAUGUGCCCGAUUUGACUCUUAUUGAUCUUCCUGGGUAUAUACAAAUUUCUAAUGCCAAUCAGCCGGAAUCACUUAAGAGCAAUAUUGAGGCUUUAUGCGAAAAAUAUAUCCGUACCCCCAACAUAAUUCUUGCCGUAUGUGCAGCAAAUGUUGAUCUUGCAAAUUCACCGGCUCUUCGCGCUAGUCGCAAGGCGGAUCCACUUGGACUACGCACUAUUGGAGUCAUUACGAAGAUGGACCUUGUCUCUCCCGAACAAGGUGUUUCAAUUUUACGCAACGCUGACUAUCCUCUUCGGUUAGGCUAUAUUGGCGUUGUCUGUAAAGCACCUGAACGUGUUCAGGGCAAUAUGACCAAGGCACUCAUUCGUAACGAGACUUCGUUUUUCAGAGAACAUUUGAUGUACAAUCAGCGUGAUAUUCAGGUUGGAACUUCUACACUACGCUUUAAACUGAUGAGUGUACUUGAACAAAGCAUGGGAAAGUCGCUCUACAGCAUUGUCGAUGCAGUCCAGCGUGAACUUGAGGAAGCACGUUACCAGUUUAAGGUUCAGUACAAUGACAGGCGCGUUACAGCUGAAUCAUAUGUUGCCGAAACAAUGGAUUCUCUUAAACAUAACUUCAAAGAUUUUGCCAAUAACUUUGGAAAGCCUCAAGUACGCCACGAAGUCCGUACAAUGCUUGAGGAACGUGUGUUGGAUAUUUGUGCGGAACAGUAUUGGGAAGAUCCCAAGAUUGCAGAUCUAGCAAAGAGCUCACCUGAUGAUCUCUAUUGGCUGUACAAGAUUGACCUUGCAGCUGCCGCUUUGACCAAGAGUGGUAUUGGGCGUUCUACAACUCAACUAGUAGUCGAUGUACUUUUAAGUAACAUGGAAAGACUGGCAAAGGCUGAACCUUUUAGCUUUCAUCCCGAGACACGCAAACAGAUUAUGAACUUUACAAGCGAAAUCUUGAGAACCAAGUUCCUUACUACAAGCGAUCAAGUGGAAAAUACAAUUAAACCUUACAAAUAUGAGGCAUGUAUAUGCGAGACAGAAUGGGCCGAGGGAGUGAAAAGAUCGAUUGGAUUGCUUGAAAAAGAAUUAAAGAUGUGCGAUGAAAUGUCUUUAGCUAUUAAGAACUCAGUUGGUAAAAAGAAACUUAAAAGUGCUAUCAAUUAUUUGCUCGACAACGAGAGAGAGGAUACUCGCCGUCAAUCUGAAAUUCGUCGUAUGGAGGAAGAUGGUAUGGCAUCGCAUGAAGAACUGUUUGCCCCUGGAGACGACGAAGAUACCGUCAAAUCAUUUUACAACCCAAGAUUGAUCGAGAAAGCUAAAGAAGCAUUGUUCUUGAGAGAUCGAGCAAUGAUUUUGAAAUACCGUAUUGCAGCACUGAAGAGCCGCCAGUGCAAAUCCCCCGACAAUAAACAACAGUGCCCGGAAGCAUUUUUGAAUGUGAUUGCAGAAAAGUUAACUUAUACGGCUGUAAUGUUUAUUCAGGUUGAACUCUUGAAUGAAUUUUUCUUCCAAUUUCCUCGUGAGGUAGACAACCGAUUGGUAUAUGAAAUGAAUCGUAAGCAGAUUCAGCAAUUUGCCCGUGAGAACCCUCCGAUCCAGAAGCAUCUGCAAUUGCAAGAGCGAAAGAUAAAAUUAGAGGAAGUUAUGGAUAAACUUAACUAUCUUGUAAAGCGGCAGGCUGACCGACAGAACCGAAACCAGUGAAAAAAAAAACAUUUAUUAUUCUUUAUAUAUAAUAGCUAUCUUAUUAAAACAUAAAGCAAGAGAGGUAA